AUGAAUCCGCCGAGCGAAGAUAAGGACCUUAGGGAGAAAAACAUAGUGCCGACUGAAAAUCCCAAUGAUGCGCAAACUCUGACUGAAAAAGAAGUCCAUGAAGUUGAUCAUCGUCAUGAAAUUGAACCCGAAGCUCUUGUCAACGAAGAUGAUCACUCCGAUGCAUCGACGAUAUCUGAAGCCGUCAACAACAACGGCGAGAACGACGGCGAUCGAGACCUAGAAGGAUCCUCAGAAGUCGUCCGACGCAUCACAACAGAACUCGGUCCACCCAUAACAAUCCCCCGACUAAAACGUCGUGGACUUUUCGCCCAAUUAGCCAUCAUCCCCGAAAUAGAGAAUGGAAAGACAUACCCUCGACGAACGAAAUGGUACAUCACCGCAAUCGCUGCAGUGGGCGGUGUCGCUGCACCGCUUGGAUCGGCCAUUUUCUUGCCAUCGCUACAUCAGGUUGCGACUGAUUUGAAUUCGACGCCAACCAUUGUCAACUUGUCUAUUGCCUUGUAUAUGUUGGCCAUGUCGAUUUUCCCGCUUUGGUGGUCGUCUUUCAGUGAGGCCUUCGGACGACGGUCAAUUUAUAUUGUUUCUUUUGCCCUUUUUGCGCUCUUUAAUGUGCUCGGCGCCAUUUCUCAUAGUAUUGGCAUGCUGAUUGUCAUGCGAUUGUUGGCAGGUGGAGCAUCAGCAUCUGUUCAAGCUGUUGGCGCUGGCACAAUAGCAGAUAUUUGGGAGAUCAAAGAGCGAGGCCAGGCAAUGGGCUAUUUCUACCUUGGACCUCUUUGCGGACCACUAUUCGCGCCUAUCAUUGGCGGUGCAUUGGCCGAAAGAUGGGGUUGGCGAUCUACCAUGUGGUUCAUGGUCAUCUUCGGUGGUAUCGUUUGGAUUCUCAUCCUGUUCGGAUUGCCAGAAACGUUGGCGGUGCGAAAGAGUCCCAUUCUACAAUCGGAUCCAGCCACGGAAACUCAUCUGGAAAGAAGCACCAGCCGCGUAUCCUCCAAAGUCGCACAAAACAGUGCAAAGGUCUUGAAGACCCUGAAAAUAAUGCUUGUUGACCCACUCUCAAUUAUUUUGUAUCUGAAAUUCUUCCCUAUUGCCUUGACGAUCUACUACGCGGCGAUCAGUUUUGGUUCCUUGUAUGUACUCAACAUCAGCAUUCAAGAGACAUUCGGAGCUGCGCCGUACAACUUUUCCACCUUGAUACUGGGUUUACUCUACAUCCCUAAUUCGCUCGGGUACUUGAUUGCGAGUAUCGUGGGCGGAAAAUGGAUGGACAAAAUCAUGCAUCGUGAGGCUGUUAAAGCAGGCAGAUUCGACGAAAAGGGGCGUCCGAUCUAUAUUCCCGAAGACCGUAUGAAGGAGAAUGCUUGGUUGGGAGCUUGCCUAUACCCUGCCGCGCUGCUUAUGUAUGGAUGGACUGUGGAGUACCACGUGCAUUGGAUUGUGCCGAUGAUUGCAAACUUCGGCUUCGGAAUAGGAUGUAUGCUAAUCUUCGCCCUCGUCACAACAAUGCUCACCGAGAUUCUACCCCGCAAAUCUUCAGCUGGCGUAGCUCUCAAUAACUUCGUUCGAAAUAUCUUCUCCUGCAUCGGAGCGGUAGUCACGUCCCCAAUCAUCAGCGGCAUUGGGAAUGGAUGGUUGUUUACGAUCUUGGCCCUCGUCGGCUUUAUUUCUGGUGUGACUGUUUUGGUACUUAUGAAGAAGUAUGGACCGAGAUGGAGGGAGAAGGGUAUUGAUCAGUAA